UAAAGACGACGACAAAGAAAAGUGCAGCUGGCUUGAUCGUGUAUUUUGACGACAGACCUGUACGUCAUGUGACCAAACACGGAGCUUGGAAAGUCUGUCUCACAUUUAACAAAAAAAAAACAAACAAACCUCUCAGUCGCAUUUUACUACAUCUAUCGAGGUAUACAUAUUGGCGUUAUGUACAGCUCUAGUGAUAUAACGUGUCCAGUUUUGGUCUGCUCAUAAGAGAGUUCAGCCCGCCCAUCUCUGUUGCGGAAAUACAGCGAGUGCGUAACAAAAUAAAGAAGCAGGAAACGUUUUUUUCGGAUCAUUCCGUGUGUUUCCAAGAAAACGACGAAACCCCACCCAUCGAGGCCAUGGCAAGCGCACCCCCAUUGGAGACAUCCACACUUGUGGGAUACCCGCCUCCUCCCUCGUAUGAGGAGGCACUGGGAUCAAACCCACAGUACCCACCGAUGCCCUAUGCUCCGGCUCCGGCUCCAGCUCCAGCUCCAGCUCUGGAUAUGAAGACAUCUGUGCCUCCGUAUCCAACACAAGCCUACUGCCCCAUGUAUCCACCACCACCAGCCCAACAAGGUCAACCUGUCACCAGUCCUGUUGUAUCUGUGCAGACCGUGUACGUUCAGCCUGGUCUGGUGUUCGGGAGUGUCCCAGUGCAGGCACAUUGCCCAGUAUGCUCACAGAACGUGAUAACUCGCCUGGAGCAUACAUCAGGAGCAUUAGCUUGGCUCUCUUGUGCAGGCCUGGCCAUCUUUGGUUGUAUCUACGGCUGCUGCCUGAUUCCCUUCUGUGUGGACAGCCUGAAGGAUGUGAUACACCACUGUCCGAACUGCAGCAGCGUUUUAGGAGUCCACAAGAGAAUCUGAAGCAGCUGCAGAACAUGUGAAUGAGUUGUGUAACAUGCCACUUUGCGUUUAUAAUGGGGAAAAGUUACAGUCAGUUCAUUCCUUAGCAAUAAUUAAUCUCAUAUCUGUGCCACCGACAAACUUGACAAGUAUUCAAACAUAUGCGCACACACACACAUAUAUACUUUAACAUACUUGUCUUUUCAUUGUAAACUGUGAUUUGACCAAAAACUAACUUUAAUCUUUUUUUAAAUAAUUAUAUCACAAUUGUGAAGAAAUCUUUGUAGCAUUAGAUUUAUGCAUAAAUAUUGGAAUUAUUUUCAAUUCUUCUUUCUGUAAUCAAACUGAAGUAGAGAGAUAUUAUAGAAAUAAAUAUGUAUAUGCUUUCGCACUUAAAUGCCCUGUAUGUUCUGCAUAUGUAAUGCAAUUUCUGUUGGUUCCAUCUGUUUACUUGUCAAAUAUUAUAAGUGCUGCACGAGAAUGAAAACAAAUGCAUCAGUCUCAUGAAGCAAACGAGGAUCUGCUGGAGAUCUUCUACUUCAUAGAUCCAGUUUUUCCUGUGAAUCAAAGCAUUUUCAAAAAGAUCUGUCAUCUGUGUGACUGGAUGACACCAAUAACCAUGACAUAUUUACCUGUGGAAAAAAAAUAAUAAUUCUGAGAACUCCCAAGAGCAUGCAGAUUCUGACUUAGUGGACUGUUCGCUCACGUGACCUAAAUUAUAUUCAUGAGUUGUGUUUUUGUCAUUUGGAACAUAGAUAUGUAUCUAAUACGCAAUUAACUAAACUAACCAUAUUUUAUUCA